GCCGCCAACGACGAGCGCAGCGCUCCCGCCACUCGCUCACCACCACCACCGAGCCGGUCUCGUGCGCGCCGGAUUGGACUCCAGCGCAACCGCACAUCUGUAGCCCACCAUGCUUCGCCCGGCGACGCCCUUAUCCAUAUUGUUCUUCGUCGCCUUCUGUCUGCUGCUGCUGUCGACCAUUUCCACGCCCAUCAUUCCGGCGAUUCCUAUCGCGACCUACCGCAACAUCAACUUUGGCGUGCUGGGUUACUGUCCCAAUGGCGGCAGCUGCAAAGGGCCCAUGAUUGGCUAUGAUACUGAGACGCUGUUCCAGGACCAACCAGACACGGAUUUCUCCCUACCCGGUAAAUCGCGCCAUGCCCUCUCCUCUAUUCUCAUCGUGCAUCCCAUUGCGGCCCUCAUGACGCUGAUAUGCUUCGGCCUCGCCGUCGCGGCGCACUUCCACUCGCCCGCCCACUCGCCACGCUACCUGCUUGCGCUGCUCAUCUUCACCUUUCCUACGCUUCUGGUCUCGCUGCUGGCUUUCCUGGUCGACAUUCUGCUCUUCGUGCCACACGUGGCUUGGGGAGGAUGGAUUGUGUUGGCAGCCACCGUCAUUAUUGUUGCCAGUGGCAUUGUAACAUGUGCCAUGCGCAGGACCUUGGUCAGUCGCAAGGCGCGGAAGAGGCGCAUUGCAGAGAACGAUGACAUGAACGGUCAGGCGUACUACGGAAACCGCCCCAGCGACGCCAGAGUGACCUCAGAGUUUCCCAAGGCCGAAUCCCCGCCACCAAUGUCGAACGAUACCAUGUCAUCCGGGGCAAAAGAAAACGAGUAUGCAUCGUUCGACCUUCAAAAGCAGCAUUCGCCCGAGGACAUGACACCACUCAACCAAAGAAACCCUUCCCUGAAGACAAACAGCAGUGCCGGUAGAGAUGGCUCUGACGCUAUGGUUGCACCAAUGCGUGGCCCCUCGGGCCGUGGACGACAGCCUGUAGACCAGUACGGAAACCCCAUCCCGCCAAUGCCCCAGGAUCAGUACAUGAUGAACGCCGGCCCAGGCGGCCCAGGACGCGGUAGGGGAGGUCCAAUGAGAGGUCGAGGUGGAUACCCACCGCGAGGAGCUCCCUAUGGCGUCCCUGGAAGAGGAGGAUUCGGUGGUCCACGAGGAGGUAUGCGCGGUCCUCCUCCACCAGGCUGGCAAGGUGGACGCGGCGGACCUAUGCGUGGUGGACCCGGUGGCAUGGGUCCCGGUCCAAUGGGACGAGGUGCUCCUCCACCAGGCUACAACAACAAUAGCAAUAAUUACAGUCAAGGGCCAUAUGGUCAAGGUCCUCCGCCACGCGAACAGUCGCCAUACGGUCAAGGGAACAGGGGUGUAUCUCCCCAGCCUCCCCUGGCGAUAGGACAAGCUAUUGAGAUGGAUUCACGUACUGGUACACCACCAGUCAACCAAAACCAGGAUCAGGGUCAGAACUUUGGUCUAAGGGAAAGUGAUGGAGAUGUACAGGGCAUGCUGGCGCUUCAGCAAGGAGGCUUCCCAGCAAGCUCGCCUCAACGCAGGCCGUCCGACUUGAUGAGCCCGACCAGCUCAUACUCUCAAGAGGAGCUUCUUCCACAACAACAGCAACAGCAGCAAUACCAGCCCGUUCGCUCUAACUGGAACCAGGAGCGGCAACCUUCAGACAACUCCAAGAACAGCGCCCACAGUCGUGGUCUCUCCCCGAUCAUGGACUCUCCCGUUGAAAUGCCCGCUCAACUAGCACAAGUCGGCGGAUUCCCACCUCCAAGGCACCACCACACCAACAGCCUCGAUCGCAGCUCUGAUUAUUACGAGGACGUUGACCCGAAAUUCGCCGAACCCGCACGCCCAAUGCCUCCACCGAUUCCUUCUUCCUUGAUGCCCGGCGGCAUGCCCGGCGCAUACAACUCGAACCCGAAUCUACUAAAUCCGCCUGCACAGCUCAGCGACCCCAACCUCCCAAGGACAUCAAGCUACGAAGACUUGCCUGACGGAUCGCGCAGCCCUGCUGCUAGUGAAGCUUCACACUUCACAUCUGUUUCGCAACGCCCCGUAAACCCCGCAUGGCGUCCGGAAAUGGGCGCUCCAGCCGGCAACUUCGGACCCUACAACGGCCGUGGCGGCGGCAGGCCUAUGAGACCCGAGGACGUAAUUCUCGAUGCGAACGCGGCAAAUCCCGAUUUCGCUAUUCCGGGCGUCGGUAUGGGCCGAGGACGAGGGAGAGGCGGUUUCAGAGGCGGAAGAGGCAGAGGUAUGCAACCCCCAGCCACGAUGAUGGGGCCACAGAAUGGACUACAGGCACCGGGGCGAUACCCGGGAGCCAACGCCAUGUAGGGAUGGCACAGCUUGAGAUUUGCAGAAGAUGAAUGGAGUGUUGCUCCUUGAUUCAUCUGCAUGUUCUACCGUGCCGCGAUUUCCUUCUGGAUAUACCCCUGUCCUUUCACCUUUUUGCUCGUCCGCUUCGACUUCUUCCUGGAUCAAGUUCUACUUCGACUUUGUACAAAAGGUUUUCUCACGCCCAGCAAAAGCAUUUGCAUUGUCUGGCCUUUCAACAUUUCGAGAUA